AGAAGAAAAAAAAGAUGAAUUGGUAGAGAAAAAAAAAAGAAAAAAAGAAUCGAAAGCUGACUACAGAAAAAGUGAAAUUCAUUUGAUCAAUCAUCCCCAAGGAGUAGCGUCCAGUACUGUAGAACAGCAUAGAAAAUGGCUUUCACACAAAGAAUUAUACAGAUCUCAAUUUUGUUAGCAGCGUUGGUGUGUAUUGUUUUCUCUCAAGACCCGGCAUUAUUUAGCAACAUGCAGGCCUCAACUUCUGCCGCAACAGGUCAACCAGGCGGCUUUGACAUGUCAGCCUUGGGCGGUGGUAUGCCUAUGCCACCUAACUUCGGUAUGCCCCCACCAGCACAGCCAAGACCAAAUCCCAUGCAAUCAAUGCUGCCAUUACUAAUGUUCCGAGGCAGUGACUUCGCCCAGCAGAUGAUGCUGAUGCAAAUGAUGGGCAUGGGUGGCAGUAGCGCUGGAGCAAUGGGCGGCAUGCCAAUGAACCCAUUUUUAAUGUACAACCUUAUGAAAGCUUUUUGAAUUUUGUAAAAAAAAAUUUUUUAUUUUUGAAUUAUAAAUUGACUAUUUGCUGGGUCCGUGGUCUGGUCCAAUAUGUUGUUCAAAUCAUUAAAUAAACAUGCUGUUUUUA